AUGACGUUCCAGUUCCUCCUGCUCGCGCUCCCCAUCACGGCGGCCGUUCCGCAGCCUCUCACUUCGGUCGACGUCGAAAAGUACGUGGGACGUUGGUACCAGGUCCGUGCUGACAGCCGCUCACGGCCGACCAGACCCCUCCACUGGACGCCCGCCCCGCCCACCUCGCCCCCACCUUCACCGCUCUCCUCGCCACCACCGCCCUCGCCAAACCCGCAGACCUAUGCCAGCGCCACGGUCAAGUUCACGUUCGAGCUGGGCGGCAACUGCGUCACCGCCGACUACGCGGCCACUUCUGCGCCCGGCGUUGUAUCGGUCCUCAACACUGUGCGGCUGUUCCCAAACCUCGCGUACUGGUUCCCACGCAUAUUCACGGGCGUCAAGAUCAACGGCUUCGCUGCGCAGAGCCCCGACACCGCAGGGGCGCUCAGCGUCGCGCUCGGACCCCUCGUUGGUGGUGCCGCGGACCAGCGCUUCUCCGAUCCGGGCAACUACUGGAUCGUCAAGCUCGGCGCUGUUGUCGACGGCAAGUACGACUACGCCAUCGUCUCGGAGGGAUCCAUGAGCCAGCUCUACGUCCUGGUGAGGAAUGUCGAGCGCUUUCGGGCCAACGACGAGACCGAGGUGCUGGGCUGGCUCGAGGAGCAAGGCUUCACGUCGCCCCUCAGCAAGCCGCUCCCGACCAACCAGGACGGCUGCAACUACGAGGUUUAUGAUGCCUGA